AUGACUUUCCAUCGCUUCCAUGUGGAAUUAUCCGCUGAGGUUUCUCAGCCGUCCUCUGUUGUGACGGUCGGGCCCUCUCCUAAAACAUUGGCGCCUUGGAACAAGAAGAUACAUCGCCGAUGGAUCUUUCUUACCUACACGGAGUGUCCGUUGGAGCAUGAAGUUGAUUUUGUGGAAGGGCUUCGAGCAAUGUUAAAGCAAAAUUCUCUCGCUUCCGAUAGGUUCUAUGGAUGUUGUCAGGAGUAUACGCAGAAGGGGAUUGUCUACCAUGUCCUUCUACACCUUGGCAAGCAGGUGAACUGGAAAGCUAGCCAUGCUCGUCGCGUUCUUCUGGUUUCAAAUAGCCCACAUGAAUCUAUCAACAUACUCACUCCUCGCCCUGGACAGGUCGGGAACUUUAUUGAAAGCCACGUUAAGUAUUGCGAGAAGGUCGCAAAUGAUAAUUGUUUUGGCAAACGUCCUAGUAUUUCUGCGGCACAGGAAGCUAGGCGCAGGCGGAAAUGGGUGGAAUGUGGACAGCAGCCGACGAAUGCUGCCAAGCGUGCAAAGAUAGUGGACUUAGAGUCUGCUCUUGAUUACGAGCAUCCUGGGGAAGAGUGA